AUGGAUGAUGUUUCAGCUGCACAAGUAGUGUACCAUACUAUAUUUGGGACACAGAAUGAGGACUUAGGUAUGCUACAAUCAAUAACCAAUUUUAAAACUCCCUGGAAAUUAAGGUCUGAGAUUGCGGACAAGUUUAGGAGUGAAGGAAAAUCUCUUAAACUAGUCAACCUGCCUAAACUGAGGCUGUAUGCCAAAUUAGCCCAGGCUAACAUGACCGGACUAUUAACGGAAUCUGCUUUCCAGAUACGGUGCAAGCAAGUUAUUGCGGGGAAGCGGACAGUAAAUUACAUUGAAGCUUUCUAUAAACGCAUGUCAUCGGAUGGACCUCAAACAAUUCAAGGAGGCCUAACACUCCACGCACAGGCUGCAUUCUACAGAAGCCUCAAGGUUGAGUUAAGUGGCGCCCUAAAGAGAGAGUCAUUUGACGGGUCUAACUCAAAAUGA